AUGCCUUUGAUCAUCGAGUCCUACGAUUGCCCAUACACGAAGAUUGCAUCCCUGUUAUUUCCCGAACAAGAGUUCACAUACAUAGACAAGCCAGUGUCUGAGCCAGCAUCAGAACUAUUCUGCUACACACGGGCCGAAGAUAAUCCAGACAAAAUCAAGUACUAUUUCAACAGAAUAUACUUUAUUGAGAAGGAAAGGAUUGUUUGCAUCAACAAGGCGUCUCAGAGAAUAAAGUUUUAUGACAUCAACACAGGCAAGUUGAUUACUUUUGAACAAAGAACAGAAGAUGCGGAUGGUGUCAGUAAAAUCAAAACUGUCGAUAAAACAGAUUUUCUUCCACAGCUUCAUGCACAAAACGGCGAAAUUGUAAUAUUUCCUGAUCAGGAAGAAGAUGAAGAAUAA